UCGCUGAGUCUGGCUCUACAGUGGAAUGUUCGUGACAGCACAGCUGGCAGCCGCAGACAGCUGGCGACUUGGGACUCCGAGAAGGGCCUGAAUGGCAGCCUGCAAGAGAGGCCCAUGGGCAGCCGCCUCCAAGGACUGACUCUCAAAGUGGUGACCGUCUUGGAAGAGCCUUUUGUGAUGGUGGCUGAGAACAUCCUUGGACAGCCCAAGCGCUACAAAGGGUUCUCCAUAGACGUCCUGGAUGCACUGGCCAAGGCCCUGGGCUUCAAAUAUGAGAUUUACCAGGCCCCUGAUGGCAGGUACGGUCACCAGCUCCAUAACACCUCCUGGAACGGGAUGAUCGGGGAGCUCAUCAGCAAGAGAGCUGACCUGGCCGUCUCUGCCAUCACCAUCACCCCGGAGCGGGAGAGCGUUGUGGACUUCAGCAAGCGGUACAUGGACUAUUCAGUGGGGAUCCUCAUCAAGAAGCCCGAGGAGAAAAUCAGCAUCUUCUCUCUUUUUGCUCCAUUUGAUUUUGCUGUUUGGGCCUGCAUUGCGGCAGCCAUCCCUGUGGUCGGUGUGCUGAUAUUUGUGUUGAACCGGAUACAGGCCGUCAGGACUCAGAAUGCUGCCCAGCCCCGGCCCACCGCGUCGGCCACCUUGCACAGUGCCAUCUGGAUCGUCUAUGGUGCCUUCGUACAGCAAGGUACCUUCCUGGUUUCCUGA